GAAUUAUCUAUCCCUAUAACAACUCUGAUUCUUCUUCUCUCAAAUGGGUUGUUUGAUUUCGCCUGUAAUGAAACUCCGUCGUCUCUCCUCAGCCGACUCACGGCGGUUUGCAUACCGGAAUCUCAUCGAAAAUAUGGAAGAUCCAGUCAUAAGGGUGGUGGUAGGGAAGGAGAAGAAGGAGUUCAUGGUCGAACCGUAUGUACUCGAAGAGUACCCUUUUAGAGUCUUGAUAGGUUCAGCUAAGGAUCAUGCCAAGAACCGGUUAAACCGGACUGGUAGAGUGGUGUGGCUUGAUCAUGUCGACUCGAUCUUGUUUGAGCACUUGCUGUGGCUUCUUCGGAACGAUGCCUCUACGUUUUCGGAUUUGGAUGUUGUCGAGAUCAUUGAUUUCUAUGCUCAAGAUUGGUAGGGGAUAAAAAUCGAUUAACGUGGAAUAACAGUGUGUUUUUAGUGAAGAAGAUAUGAGCCAUUCAUAAAACUCUUUUUUUUAU